AUGAGGACGAGUUUGGAGGGGAUUUUACCAGAAGGAGGGCAUGAGGACGAGCGUGGAGGGGAUUGUCUUGGUGCAUCACCACAACCACCCGCACACCCUGCUCUGUUGCAACCCCCCUUGUUGUACCCUUUGCACCGCACUCCCGCCCUUGCCCUCCUUCCCUCGCCCACCAACCAGUUACCAGAAGGAGGGCAUGAGGACGAGUUUGGAGGGGAUUGUCUUGAAGGAGGGCAUGAGAACAAGCGUGGAGGGAAUUAUAUUAGUCCACCAUCACAACCACCCGCACAUCCUGCUGCUGCUAUCCCCCUUGUACCCCUUGCACUCACUUCACUUCUUUGCCCUCCCCCCCUCGCCCUCCCUUCCUCGCCCCUCCCCCCCCCCUGCUCCAGUUAUCAGAAGGAGGGCAUGAGAACAAGCGUGGAGGGGAUUAUAUUAGUCCACCAUCACAACCACCCGCACAUCCUGCUGCUGCAGAUCGGAAAUUCUUUUUUCAAGCUGCCCGGAGGGAGAUUGAAACCGGGGGAGGAUGAGGUGGAGGGGCUGAAGCGCAAGCUCACCAGCAAGCUGGGUCCGUCCGUGUCCAUUCUGCCCGUGCCUGACUGGCAGGUGGGCGAGUGCUCUGCUGUCUGGUGGCGACCCAACUUCGAGACGCUCAUGUACCCCUACUGCCCUCCGCACAUCACAAAACCCAAGGAAAUGAAGAAGCUGUUUGUGGUUCCUCUAACAGAGCGCCAGUACUUUGGAGUUCCCAAGAAUCUCAAGCUGCUGGCGGUGCCACUACUGGAGCUGUAUGACAAUGUGCAGCAACAGAACAGUGUGUUUGUUGUGCCACUCACGUGCAAAACAUCCCAAGCUGCUGGCGGUGGUGCCGCUGCGGGAGCUCUAUGA